GCACACGUACGAAAACUUAAAUGAUCUUUGCAGCUAGCUCAGAGGUCGUGAACUAGCUCGGGCCAGAUCAGCAGAUCGGUUGGGCCAGAUAAUCAAGCCAUAGUCUAGAGAGCUAGGCCUAUUUUAGCCAUGAUCAGAUUAAGAUGGGGACUGUCCCUCGGCACUGAACCCUUCGGACGUAAAGCUGGUUCUGGAAGCUCCUAGGUUUUCCCACUGAAAAGAAUAGGUCAAGAGGUUUUUAGAAGCAGGCACGUGGAGGUACUCCACCAGUAUUCCCGUACCUGACGUUCACAACCUGGAAUAAAAGAAAAUGGCAACAGUAUUGAAGCCAUACCAGCUCCUAAGCAUUGGACAAUUUCACCGAGGCAUUCAGUUACUGCGCUCCAACUCAAGGAGGCUUGGGGCAUCCUACAGUAUACUAAGAAGCUAUACUCCAUGCAGUACAAGGAGAACUCAUCCAUCACAAGCAGUGCACUACCAGCCAAUCAGAUCGUUCCUGUCUGCAUUGUCAGCCACUGGUUUCAAUGAUUAUGAACUGGGUAGACGUCAGUUUAAAUUAGACGUGCCAGAAUAUUUCAAUUUUGCAAGUGAUGUUCUCGAUGAAUGGGCAGCAAAGGAACAGACAGGCACAAGGAGCUCUAAGACCCCAGCCUUGUGGUGGGUCGACGAUCACGGAAAUGAAAUCAAAUGGAGUUUUCUGGAUCUCAAAAACAAGUCAAUGAAGGUUGCCAACAUACUCACCAACGACUGUGGCUUAGCCAAGGAUGAGUCGGUGAUGGUUAUAUUACCCAGGAUUCCAGAGUGGUGGCUUCUCAAUAUUGCCUGCUUGCGAACAGGUACCAUCCUAAUCCCUGGCACCACCCAGCUGACAGCGCGGGAUAUCAAGUACCGUCUGCUAGCCUCGGGAACUUCUUGUAUCGUCACGGAUGACCACACUGCUCCUUUGGUGGAUGAGUACAUUUCUGAGUGUCCUGGUGUGAAAUCUAGGCUGCUCGUCAGUAACAGUGGUCAGUCCAGGCCUGGUUGGCUGGAGUAUAAUGACCUGUUUGAAAAGGCUGAUGGUCAACACCAGUGCGUCAAGACUGGUAGUAAUGAGACAAUGACAAUGUUCUUUACCAGUGGGACUACGGGCAAGGCGAAGUUGGCUGUCCACACCCAUGCCAGCUACGGCCUCGGUCACAUCAUCACAGGAAAGUACUGGUUGGAUCUCAUUCCGACGGACGUCCACUGGAAUAUUUCGGACACAGGCUGGGCCAAGUCGGCCUACAGUAACUUCUAUGCUCCCUGGGUCCAGGGGGCAUGCGUCUUCAUCAGCUACACGGCAAAGUUUGAUGCAGCCCACACGCUGGAGCUAUUACAUAAGUAUCCUGUAAGCACACUGUGUGCACCUCCAACAGCCUACCGCAUGAUGGUCCUGGAGGACUUGACCAAGUUUAACCUCAAGUCACUGCGGCACAUUGUCAGCGCCGGGGAGCCCUUGAACCCCGAGGUCAUGGAUGCUUGGAAAGCAGGCACAGGGUCCAUGAUCCACGAGGGAUAUGGCCAGACAGAAACAGUUCUGUUAAUGGGUAUGUUCAAGUGUCUGGAGCCCAGACCAGGGUCUAUGGGAAAGCCAGCCCCUGGGUUUGACAUCUGCAUCGUGGACGAAGACGGUAACGAACUCCCCUGUGGUGAGGAAGGGGACGUCGGGGUGAGGGUCAAGCCCCACCGUCCUGUCGGACUCUUCACUCACUAUGUGGAUGAUCCAGAGAGGACAGCUAGGGCUUUCCGUGGAGAUUUCUACUUGACAGGAGACCGCGCACUGGUGGAUGAAGAAGGGUAUUUCUGGUUCGUUGGACGCAGCGAUGACAUCAUCACCUCCGCAGGGUACCGCAUUGGUCCCUUUGAGGUGGAGAGUGCCCUCAUUGAGCAUCCAGCAGUAGCAGAGUCAGCGGUAGUCUCCUCACCAGACUCAGUUAGGGGAGAGGUUGUGAAGGCAUUCAUUGUACUGACUGAAGAAUAUAAGUCUAAGGACAAAGAGCAGCUGAUGAAGGAACUACAAGAGCAUGUCAAGAACAUCACGGCAGCUUACAAGUACCCUCGCAAGAUUGAAUUCAUGGAGAGCUUACCAAAGACAGUGAGCGGUAAAAUCCGGCGAGUGGUGCUGCGGAGCCAAGAAUGGAAACGGUAAACGAUUGGAUAAUAUGCUAAUUGUGUUUGUACAUGAACUUGACUAUUCUUCUCGGUCUCUGAUUGGUUGAUAAUGAUGGGAUGUAUUGAGCCAAUAAUGGGUGCGUUCGAUUAGCUUACACGUGUAAGUCAAACUUACACGAGAGCGUUCGUUUAGCCAUCACGUGAUCUUC